ACGAAAGUGAAGCAAGCGUAGAACUAGUUAUAAAAGCAUGAAAGCACAUAUUUUUAUGCGCUAAAGUUCAAGAGUUAACUAGCAGCUGAAAAAUAAACAAGAAUAAAGCAAUAAAUAUAAAAAAUAUAAAGUUUAUUUUUUAGUAAAAAUAUUCACGCUAACAGCUUUUUUUGCAAGACUGGCAAGCUGUGGAGAUAAUAAGAAAUUUACUAAUUUAACUGCGCGCCUAAAUGUAGGCAACAUUUUGUGUUAUAUUUAAGGGGUUAUAUGCAAUUGCAAGCCAGAAAAUACCACGUUUUUUCGUGAAUUUGUUAUGAAGAGUUAUUUUAUUUACUAAAUAAUUACAAUUAAUGUAUAUGUGCACAAUUUAAUGCAUUUUUAUACUCGGUGAUUCAUUUUGAAAACUUUUAGACUUCCUUGUCUCCGUAAGCGAUGUCCUGGAGCACCUCCAAAACAAAAUCUGAUUCACAAGCGUACGUAACUCCUUAAACUCUGUCAAGUUAUGUAGAAAAUGAUACAUAUGAUAUUCUCAGCUUUGCGCCAAAAUGUAGGCAACAUUUCACCUAACAGUGAAAUAAAAAUAUGUUUGGAGUUUGUAGGGAUCGGGGUACGGGCUGUCUAAACUAAUCUUUACUAAGCAAGGACUACGGAUUCAGUUUUUUUAUAAAGUGCUCAUUCAAGCCGAAAACACUUUGAAACUUUGCAGAGCGCGAUAUUACGUCAAAUUGCUGUCAAUUGGAAGCGCAUCAUAAAAAUUUACUUUCAGCGGCAUCCUCAACGCACAAUCAUUCUUUAAACUAAGCUUAUUUUCAACAAGAAAAAUUUUAAAUAUCCGCAUUUUGCUAUCAAAACUCCAUUAUAAAUAUGCAUCAAAAAUUAUUUACAUAUUUAAUGCCUUUUCUCGCUACAACGCCCACUGUUCGCACAACAUUGUCAGCACCCCUCUUUCAUAUGCCAAAUUAAUAUGCCAUAAAUUAUAGCUUCAUAUGUGUCAGGUUUUUUGUUUUUGCUAUUUUCAAUUUGCCUCUAAUACAACCGCCAUAUAAGGCUUCCCCAUUCAAUAUUUUGAUUUCUAGGUCUCGCUAUGCGCUUACAUGGCAGACGCACACGUACAAACCUAAAUGUAUGCGCAAUCGAAUGCCGCAAAACUGUCAGUCAGCCAGUCAUUGAUGAUAAGUAGACAUUACUGCAUGACCGCAAAAUUAUCUAACGACUUACAAACGAGUAUAUGAGUGUAUUGUGCAUGCAAUAAAAAAUUUUUGAGUGGCAUAAUAAUAAAUUCUAAACAUACUGCAAUUCUGCAGUGUCAGAGUGAUGGGAAAAUCAAGCGUCACGUACCAAUUUCCUAAUAAAUUUUCACUUUCUGCGGCAGGUUUUUUUUUGUAUUAUUUACAUUUCUUGUAUUUGUUAUGUUUAGCAGCACUUCCGUUGGCCAGCACUUGUUUGGGUUUGGCGGCUUCGACACAUAACCGCUUGUUGGCAUUAUAAACAAAAGCUGCGCCUAUUUUUGCUUUCGCUUUCGAUUUCAUGCAGCGCAGCACACGCAGGCACUUACAAACAUACACACAUUGUUUAAACUAAACGCAUUCAUAGCCACAUGUGUAUGUGCGUUUGCGUGCCGGCUAAAUGCUAUUAAUCUUAUCACUUAAUAGAAUCAAAUUGAUUUUUCUAAAGCAGCGCCAUCAAAAUGCCAUGCGUUGAGCUAUAAGUAUAUAAUUUGCUUCGUUGAAAUUUGUCUCGUAAUGACGUCAUGUGACACGUCAUUGCACUAUGAAAUCACAAUUCUUAGCCGCGGGGUUUUAGUCGGUGUCAUUGCAUGCAAUAAAGAAAGUGGAAACAAAGGCGAAAUGUUGGCGGAAUACAUUGUAUAUACUAUAAAUUUGUAAUAUGUUCUUAUAUACGUAUAUACAUAUGUACAUGUUGGUAAUUGUAGGUGUUGCGUUGAACCGUUCUGAUUCUGAUGAUUCAGUUGAAUCAUCGGCGCAUUCGACGAAAGCGUUCAAAUAGUUUCAGACAGCCAAACACAUCAGGCUGAUUAGUUCUCGUGUGUAGUGCGAAGGUUGCAGUAACGAAAGUUUAGCGAAAAGAGUUUUUGUGCGAACGUUUCACAGCAUGACAUAAUAUUCAAAAAUAUUGUGUUUGGCAAGAAAACAAAAUUAAAAAAAAAAUAAUAAAAUUUAUUAGACAAAAAUCUAUGAACAACAAUGCUGAUUUGGUUGAUGCGCAAAGGCAGACAGGUGGUUAUGCAAGAAAAAUAAGCAGUUGAGUGAAUAAAACCGUAGAAAACAACAAAUAAAAUAACAAUUUAAUAAGUGUAGACGAGAGAGGGGAGAGUGAGAAACACAAGAGGAAGUAAAAAUUGCAAUUUGAAUUACAACUGUAAUAAAAACCAAAUUAAACUGUCGCAAGGAUGUGAAAACAACUUAAAUGUGCCAAUAAAUAUACUUUAAUGCGGAAAUUACUGUAUUUACUUAGAAAAAUAGAUGGCAUUGAGUGAAAUUUGAUUUUUAAAAUCGAAGUGUGUAAUCUUAUUGGAUUGAAAACGCCUACGUAAAACGCCAACGUUUGUUAUUUUCUCCAGUGGAAAAGCUUAAAGCACAUAAAAAAACAUACAGUGAACUUAUGAAAACAGCAGCAGCUAUAGCGACAGUGAAAUGAAAUAAACAACGGCAAUAAAAAUUAAAAAAAAAAAAUUGAAACCAAAUAAAAAAAACAUUACAAGUAUUACGUAAUUAUAUUACGAAAACAAAAAUAAAAUAAUGUAAAGAAAAAUAUAAAAAAAUAUAUAAUAACUAUUAUGUUAUGUUUUUAUAUGCAUUUUGGUUGGACGAGGGAAACUUAAAGAAAAAUUUAAUAAGUAAAAUUAUAAAAAUUCAAUGAAAAUCGCUUAAUAAAUAAUGCAGUAAACAGAAAUGCAACACUGUAGAGUGAAAAAAAUAAAACAAAGAACAACUGUUUAAAACUUUGAUGUGAAAUAAAUCACGCCAAAUUUUAGCAAACACGCAAACCAACAAGAAUCUAUAAAUUUUUCAAAAAGUGAGAGAAAAAAUUAAAAUUCAGUGCAAAUUCUUUUAAACAAACAACACUGCUCACCAAAACAACUGCAUUUGAGUUUCAUUUUUGCGUAGUGAAACAAAAAAUAAAGCAAAAUGCCGGUUUUUCAUACGAAAACAAUCGAGAGCAUUUUAGAUCCCGUUGCACAACAGGUCUCUCGCCUCGUCAUCCUCCACGAGGAAGCUGAAGAUGGCAAUGCCAUGCCCGAUCUCAGUAGACCCGUGCAGGUGGUAUCGGCUGCUGUGGCGAAUCUAGUCAAAGUCGGACGCGAGACCAUUAACAGUUCGGACGAUAAGAUUUUGAAGCAGGAGAUGCCGGCAUCAUUGCAGCGCGUCGAGACUGCCUCGCAGUUACUGGAGGAGGCUUCCGAUAUGUUACGAGCCGAUCCCUAUUCGGGACCAGCGCGUAAAAAACUGAUUGAAGGAAGUCGCGGUAUACUGCAAGGCACCUCCUCGCUGCUGCUCUGCUUCGACGAGUCCGAGGUACGUAAGAUCGUGCAGGAAUGCAAGCGGGUGCUCGACUAUUUGGCCAUUGCCGAAGUGAUAAAUACCAUGGAAGAUUUGGUGCAAUUUCUCAAGGAUCUCUCGCCGUGCCUAAGUAAGGUCUCGCGCGAGGUGGGCGCACGUGAGAAGGAGCUGACACAUCAGGUGCACAGCGAGAUUUUGGUGCGUUGCUUGGAGCAAGUAAAAAUACUAGCGCCCAUACUUAUCUGCAGCAUGAAAGUCUACAUACACAUUGUCGAACAGCAGGGCAAGGGCACAGAAGAGGCGGCCGAGAAUCGCAACUACUUGGCUUCGCGCAUGAGCGAUGAAAUACAAGAAAUCAUACGUGUGCUUCAGCUCACCACUUACGACGAGGAUACCAGCGAGCUGGACAAUCUAACGGUGCUUAAAAAGCUUAGCAAUGCCAUCAAUAAUAAAUCUGAGUUGGCCAACGAUUGGCUAUCGAAUCCUUACGCACUCAAAGGCGGUGUAGGCGAAAAAGCGCUGCGGCAGAUAAUCGAUAAUGCGAACGAAAUCUCCGAGCGCUGCUUACCGCAAGACGCCUACCCUAUCAGACGUUUGGCGGACGAGAUUGGCGCUAUGACAAACAGCCUGUGCGAACUGCGUCAGGAUGGCAAGGGCACCUCGCCACAGGCCGAAUCCUUGGCGCGCGCAAUACGCGGCAAGCUGGGCGAACUGCAAUCGCUGGUGCGCAACGCUGUCGUGGGUGUUGACAAGGCCGGCUUACAACAAACCGCGCACACAAUACAAGGACGCUUAGAACAAGCGGUUAAAUGGUUGCAACAUCCCGAGAUCAACGACGGCGGUUUGGGUGAGCGCGCUGUGAAUCUAAUUGUGGAGGAAGGACGUAAAGUUGCCGAGGGCUGUCCGGGUCAUCAGAAGGCGGAAAUCAUGCAACUCUGUGAUGAGGUCGAACGUCUCAAGCGUCAGGCGGCGGGCAAUACACCAGCCGCCAAGGAGGCUGCAAAGCAGCUAACACACAAAUUGCACGAGUUGAAGGCCGCCAUACAGAAUGCUUUGGUUAAUCGCAUUGUGCAAGACUUCAUGGACGUUAGCACGCCGCUCAAACAGUUCACCGAGGCGGUAAUGCUGCCCGAAGGCACGCCCGGGCGUGAACAAAAUUUCAACCAGAAGUCUAACAAUCUGCAAGCGUUUAGCGAUCGCGCAUCGAAGACGUCACGCAUGGUGGCGGCCGGCGGCGCUUGCGGCAAUAAGAAAAUCGCUGAAAUCUUGCUCUCCUCGGCCACGCAAGUGGACUCAAUGACACCGCAACUCAUCAAUGCGGGCCGCAUACGCAUGAACUACCCCGCCAGCAAAGCAGCCGAUGAGCAUUUGCAGAACUUGAAACAACAAUACGCCGACACCGUUCUGCGCAUGCGCACGCUCUGCGACCAGGCCACCGAUCCGAGCGAAUUUAUCAAAACCUCUGAGGAGCACAUGCAAAUGUAUGCGAAAUUGUGCGAGGAUGCAAUCGUCAACAAACAGCCACAAAAGAUGGUGGACAACACUUCGAAUAUAGCGCGCUUAAUCAAUCGCGUGUUGCUCGUCGCCAAGCAGGAGGCGGACAACUCAGAGGAUCCGGUUUUCACGCAAAAUCUGAACGCAGCGGCAAAUAGGCUUGAGAGCUCGUUGCCCGCGAUGGUGGGCGAUGCGAAACGCGUGGCCACCAAUAUUAAUGAUCCAGCCGCGGCGCACGCAUGGAAGUCAUCAUUCCAAAGGUUGCUCGGCGAUGUGCGCGAAGUACGUUCAGCCAUUGCGCCAACACCGCCACCACUGCCUACAACACUGCCACCACCGAUACCAGAGCUCAGCGCGCUGCACAUCUCCAAUCAAAAUGCCGAACGCGCGCCACCACGUCCACCAUUGCCACGCGAGGGUCUAGUGCCCGCACGUCCACCACCGCCAGAGACCGACGAUGAGGACGAGGGUGUGUUCCGCACAAUGCCGCAUGCCAACCAACCGAUUUUGAUUGCCGCGCGCGGCCUGCACCAAGAAGUACGUCAAUGGUCGUCUAAGGACAAUGAGAUCAUUGCCGCAGCGAAACGUAUGGCCAUACUGAUGGCGCGUCUUAGCGAGCUGGUGCUCUCCGAUUCGCGUGGCAGCAAACGUGAAUUGAUCGCCACGGCUAAAAAGAUUGCCGAAUCAUCCGAGGAUGUGACACGACUGGCAAAGGAGCUCGCACGUCAGUGCACAGACCGACGCAUACGUACCAAUCUGCUGCAAGUCUGCGAGCGCAUACCAACAAUUGGCACACAGUUGAAGAUUUUGUCGACCGUCAAGGCGACCAUGUUGGGCGCACAGGGUUCGGAUGAGGAUCGUGAGGCGACGGAGAUGUUGGUGGGCAAUGCACAGAAUCUGAUGCAGAGUGUCAAGGAGACGGUGCGCGCUGCUGAGGGCGCUAGCAUUAAAAUUCGCUCAGAUCAAACCAGCAAUCGUCUACAAUGGGUGCGACGUCAGCCGUGGUAUCAAUAUUAGACGGCUUUUGACGUGCUAGCGAAUUGAUUUUUAUGCCUUUAAGUGCCCAACAUUUUUUUUAAUA